AUGUCUGGCGCCGGAAGCCAGUCCAGCGGGACGUUCCGUGGACAGGCCUCUGUCCGACUUCUCAAUGGGGUCAUUCGUGAGGCGUUCUCUGUCUCGUCGGAGCUCAAGGUCAUGGUGGUGGACAACCUUGCACUGCGGGUACUCUCCUCGGCACUGAGAGUCUUUGACUUGAUGGAAGAGGGUGUGACUCUGGUGGAGAAGCUCGAGCUCUCACGCCAGCCGCUUCGGUCUAUGGAGGCUCUCUACAUGAUUGCCCCUACCAGGUCAUCGGUGGAAGCCAUGCUCGAGGACUAUGCCUCGUCGAAGUCACGCAAGUACGGCGAUGCCCACGUCUACUUGAUCGCCCACCUGCCCGACGACCUCAUGGCUCUCAUUGCCGCCUCACGUCUGGCCAAGCGCAUCAAGACCCUCAAGGAGCUGCCGUCCGAGUUCCUUGUUCCCGAGGCAAACGUCUUUACCCUCGACAUGCCGUCGGGCCUGUACUCGGCCUUUGCACCCGCUGCGGUCUCGUCGCGCAAGCGGCGCAAGCACGCGGCAGAGCUUGGAGCCAAGCUCUUGGGCGUCGCUGCCACUCUCGGCGUCAAGCCGGUUGUCCGCUACGCUGGUGGCUCGCCGCUGGCGCGGCUGAUCGGCCAGGCGCUCGUCGAGCAGGUCAACGCCGACAAGGCCGCCCCGCUGUUUGCCAGCGGAGGGCAAGGCGUCGCCGCGCCGGUCAUUCUCAUUGUCGACCGGUCGGUCGAUGUUCUGGCGCCACUGCUGCACGAGCUGACGUACCAAGCCAUGUGCUACGACCUGCUCCCGCUCGACGGCGCCAAGUACGAGUACAAGUACACCGAUGGCUCGGGUGCCAAGCAGAGCAAGACGGUGCUGCUCGACGAGUCGGACCCACUGUGGAUCUCGCUCCGGCACAUGCACAUCAAGGACGCCAUCGACUGGGUCCAGGCCCAGUUUGCAGACUUUCUGCGCUCGAACCGCGCGGCCCAGGCCCGUGGCCAGCGGAUGGACUCACUCCGCGACAUGUCGGCCGCCAUCCGCGCCCUUCCGCAGUACCAGGAGCUCCUGUCCAAGUACGCGCUGCACAUUCAGGUGUGCCAAGACAAUCUUGCGGUCUUCAACGAGCGCAAUCUCGAGGCCGUCAUCGGCGUCGAGCAGGACAUGGCGCUAGGCGAGGACGCCAACGGCCAGCCAGUCUCUGAAGUCAUGUCGGCUCUGCUCCCGCUGCUGCAGGACCCAGCCAUCUCUAUCCAUGACAAGAAGCGCCUUCUUCUCAUCUACAUCAUCUCGCAGGAGGGCAUCCGACCCGCCGAGCGGGCCAAGCUUAUGGAAAAGGCCCGUAUCUCGCCCGCAGACCAGAACAUGGUCUCCAAUCUCACCCAUCUGCAAGUUCAGGUCCAGUCCAUGCCGUCGCGUCGCAAGGCCAAGAAGAAGAAGAAGAAGAAGUCGCGCCGCCGCGCCGCUGCCGACGAGGACGUUGGCUACGAGCUCUCGCGCUUCACCCCGGCGCUCAAAGCCGUCAUGCACGACCUGGUCUCCGGCUCGCUCGACGAGCAGGCCUGGCCCACCGUCGCAGGCUCGCUUCCCGAUGCCGUCGCCACGGGCGCCUCGGCUCCGUCUGCCCGUGGCAAGUCGGUCCGCACCCGUCAGUCCAAGUGGGCUGCCAAGCGCAAGAACAAGGACAAGGGCAAGGCUGACGCCGACGGCGCCACCUCCUCCACGACCUCCCAGGACACCUUUGUCAUCUUUAUUGCCGGUGGCAUGUCGUACUCGGAGAUGCGCGCCGCCUACGAGAUCGCCGCCGCCUUCCGCCAUGUUAACCUCAUCAUCGGCUCCACCGACAUUGUCACCCCGCUCCAGUUCAUGGACCAGCUUGCCGACCUCGACCCGUUCGAGCCGCUCUACCCCGACGACAUCGACGGCAUCUCUGGCCCAUCUGCUGUUUAG